GAGGAAUGCUUCGAAAACAUUAAUUUUACUGAAUUUUAGUGCUUGUUUAAGGAAUCAAUUAACAUGUCCAGAUGACAGUAUGACUGUACUUCCUUCGCUGAAAUUCAUUCAAAAAAAUGUUCAUUUGUCAGGUAGAUUUUAAAAAGGGAAGGUUUUCAACAAGCAUGUGCAGUGGACACUUAUAUGGAUACAUUCUCCUCCUUUGCUUCAUCCAGGGAAUUGUUUAUUCUCUUUCGGAUAUUAAUUAUGAAGGACGAAAAUAUGUGUCGGAAGACUCUAUGUUCGAGAUAUCCUGCUUACGGUCAAAAUAUGGUGUGCCAAAAUGGACAAGGAAUGGUGUGAUAAUUAGUUCAGUAGAUUCUGAAUAUAUUCUUACGGAAGAAAGCGUUCCUGUUAGAAUGAUCUCCAUGAAGCUGAAAGUUGAACAUGCCAAAUGGAACCACAGAGGAGAAUACAAGUGUGAUCCCUUGAGAAAUCAAAGUCAUUGGAUUGAAAUAGUUCCAAGCAAAGAGACAGAUGAAAAAAUGAAAGUACAGAACCGAGUGCAAUUGAGGCCAGGAAGAAAAUUGAAACUAGUUUGCGAUAAGGAAGAAAACACUAUUUUUCCUAUUACAUGGUACAAAGACGGGAAACGAAUGCUUCAAUUGGAGGAAGAUUCGAAAGUUAUUAUGGAAGGGCGCACAUUGAACGUCUUGAAAGUUAAUGAAAGUGAUGCUGGUGAUUAUAUUUGCGCCAUCGAAGUAUCUGGGCUGUCUUAUCCAUUUGCUGACCAUUUAGGGAGCCAUAUAUUAGUCACAUAUGCCGCACGAGUGAAGCCAUUUCCCAUGCAAAUUCGACCGAUACUGAACAGAGAUUUCUUUUUGGAAUGCGAAGUCGACGGUUUUCCGGUUCCUCGGAUAGCCUGGUUUGUAGAUGACAUUCCUAUCGGACAAUACCACCUGAACGAUAGUCGUUACGAUGUAAAGGACAACGCCGAGGGAUUGCCCGGAUCUAUUUUUUACAUCAAAUCUGUGAAGCACGGAGAUGAUCACGAAGUGAUUUGCGCAGUGGAGAACUUGGAGGGAUCAGCGCAUACGAGAGCUUGGUUAGCCGUAAGAAAUAAUCAAGUAAGUACUAAUGAAAAUUAUCCAGGAAAAGGAAUUGUUUUAAUACCUGGCUUGGAUUUAGUGCUACAGUGCAACAACACAGAUUAUCCUUCUGACACAAUUCAAUGGCUGAAGGAAAGUUUGCCAGUAAAUACUACAGAUAAAAGAAUAAAGAUUGAUGCCUCUACUAAUACGUUGUUGAUUGAAAAGGCAGUUGAAACUGAUACAGGGAAUUAUACAUGUACCUUUACACCUUCAGCUGCUAGUGCCAUCAUUGUUGUUCGAACUGCUGUAAAGCUAGGUACAUUUGAUAACUCUCGCAAUGUUGUCCAGGGUCAAAAUAUUGUCCUGAUAUGUAAUGCUACUCAAGGUGUGCCACUGCCAACCUUGCAAUGGCUAAAAGAUGAAGAACCACUAAAUGUUUCAAAUCCUAGGAUUACUCUGCAAGCUGAUCCUCGUGGGAUCGAAGGAACUACUUUGACCAUUUCAGAUGCUCAGUUUGAAGAUCGGGCAGAAUACACUUGUGUCGCUACAAAUGAAGUAAACACAGUGAAUGCCACUAUUUUAGUGAGAGUUAAAGAUAAAUAUGCUGCAUUAUGGCCUUUCCUUGGCAUUUGUGCCGAAGUAGCUGUACUUUGUACUAUCAUUUUCAUCUAUGAGAAGAGGAGGCAGAAGCCCGACUUUGACGAAUCAGAAACGGAACACAAUACUGAGAACAAAAAUGUUCCAGAUCAAGAGGAAAAGAGCCGUGAUGUUAGACAACGGAAAUAAAAAUUUGUCCAUGUUAGAGAUACUGAAGCUUUGUUAGUUUUAUAUUUAUACACAUAUACUUCUGUAUAACUUUAGUUUUUCCAUCCUCUAAGAAAUAUCAGGACUUAUCAAAGCAUAUAAAUUAUAUUACGAUUUGGAAAACAUGAACAGUUGAACCUUUUAAUUUUUUUGUUAUAAGUUUUGUUGAUUGCAUAUGAAAGUGUUGAAAUUUUAGGACAAACUAGCAAUUUUUCUUUGCUGUGCACUUUGUUUUUAUUAUUUGCGCAGUCUUUAAUGAUGUUGUUUAAUAUUCAAAAGAUUUUGUUAAAUAAAACUUCAAGCGAAGCAUAGAAUGUCCUGAAAAUUUGGGAUUCCUAGGUUUUAAAAUGUAAAUAUUGUAAAUUUAUUUUAUUUGAAGAAAUAUCCAUUUUUGUAUAUUAUGGAGAUACCCCCCUUCCCCUUUGUUGGCGAUAAUUUCAUAGUGUUUGCUUUAGUCAUAAAAAAUCAAGUCUAUAUUGCGUUGCUGUAUUUUGGAUGUAAUCAUUUUUAAUUUGCACUUUCAGUUUCACAUUUUAAGUUUUGAUUUUAAAACUAUAUUUUUAACGUGUCAUAUUGAUCCAUCUUAAUCAUUAGGUUUUUUGAGAGGUUUCCGCCCUUUUUUGUUGUUGUUUCUUAUAGUUUUAGCUUGAAAGUUAUUUUUGAACAGCAUUUAUAUUGUAGAUUGCAUUUAUUAUGUGUACAUUGAUUAAAAGAUAUAAACUUUGCAUAAUCCAAUGUUACCUGAACUGCAAAUAGUUUUGAAUAAUAGUUUUAAAAUGCACAAAAGCAUGCAUAUUUAAUGCAUGUUUUUGUAUUAAUAUUACAUUAUUUUAUAUUUUGGACAUUGGCUUUGUUGUGAUUUUGUUUAAAUUUGAGUAACUUCUGCAUUCUUCAAGGUUACUGAGAGGUCAUAAAAUCCAAGGUUCUUUUUUGAAGCUAUAAAAUGUAUUCAAAUUGGCUGAGAUAAAAUUAAAUCUAAAUUAGAUUAGUAUUUAGAUCUUAAAUUUACAUCUUUACAGACUAUUUCUUUUUGAUGUAUUUUUCAUGGAAAUGUAAGGAAUUAUUUGUUACAAUAUUUUUAUUUGUUAUUUUUCUGAAAAUAAUACUUUAAAUACUGAAUUAAUUAUUUAAUGCAAUCUUGUUGCUUUAUUAAACUCUACUCUUCACUUUAAUAUUUAUGAUAGAAUUGCUUGAUAAAUACUGCAAGUCAAAUUUGCUACAUGAAGCAUUUUCCUGUAUGUUAUAUUUACAAAUUGUAAUAUGAAAUCCGUUUUUAUCAACCAACAAGUUUAAAUAUAACUUAAUUUACAAACUUUUGCAAAAAGUGUCAAAUUUUCUGUAGAAGUUCCAAAACAUUUUAUGUAAGUUAGAGCUAAAGUCAGCUUGUAGAAAUUUAGCCAAAUAUUAAGGAAGUAUUUUAGGUUUUAGGUCCUAAGGUCUAGGUCUUGUGGGGUUGUAUGAAGGUGCUUUCAAAUUCUGACAAGGUGCCAUUUUGUGUGAUGAGGAUUGGUUCUUGUGCAAUUAAGAUAUAUUGCAACUGGAAAUAUCUUAGGACUCAUUUUUAGGAAUCACCAUUGCAGUUUUAACCAAUCAGAAAGUUUUAUCACUAUUUGAAUAAUGUUUCCUGUGAUGAUAAGAGAGUUUAUAAUCUGAAACAUUUGGCUUUCUUCAUGACUUUUAGUAUUCCCAUUGUUAUAAGAUGCUAAAACUGUACUGAACCUCAUGCUGAUGCCAACCAUUUUGAUCAUAAGUUUUCAGAUUUGUAAUUGUUAUAACUUUCAAUAAAUAGAAAAAAUAUUGUUUCAAA